AUGGAAUCCAGGAUUGUAGCGCCUACUCCCCGUGGAGAAAUAUCUUCUCAAUCCUCAGGAAGAUCGGACUCCGAUACAUCGCUGCCACCACCACAACAACAAGAAAUCACAAGAUCUCAAAGAACUAUUAACAGGGCUUUUCUUUUCUGUGACAAGAUAAUAUCCUUCAUUAACACUGCUUUAUUCUUUGUAAUAAUUAUCUCAUUCUUCUUCUUCUUUGUUUUUCAUUCUGACUCCUUCUGUUUAUUCCACAUCUCUCUUUUCUUCAUAAAUAUUCACUCAUCCUCUGUAAACAUUCUAUUUUUCUCCUUCUCUGUUUUCUUCUUCUCUCUUUCUUUUCUGAAUUCUUUCUUUUUCCCGUCUUCUUUCUUUUUUCUAAUGUUUCUCUUGCCACUCUUUAUAAUAAUUCUUCCUUUUGUCACUAUCUUUCGUUCUUCCCCCUCUCUAUCCCUCUUUCUUUCUUUCCUUACUAUCGUUAGUUUUUCUUUUCCUUUUCAUUCUUGUUUUUCCUUCGUCUUUCUUUCAUGUUUUCUUUCCUCUUUCAUAAUAAUAUUCUAUCUGCCUCUGAUUCUUUCUUCAUUGAUUUUUCUCCUUGUUUUUAGCUUUUCUUUCUACUCCAUUAUAUUUUCUUUCAUUUUUUAG